CCCGCCCCCGCGCCCGACGGCCUGCUGCGCUACGGCCUCCACCUGCCCAGGGGCGCCGCCGCCUUCGCCGCCCCGCAAGGGGCGGACGUGUCGUGGAUCCUGUCGGGCAGCGGGGCGCUGUCUGCGGGCAGCGUGCGCGCGCCUGCGCAGUCCACCACGGCGUCCAGCAGCGGCUCCUCGGAUUGCGGCGCCGGAGCCGCCGGGCACAACGUCUGGGCAGACCGCCGGCGCACCCUCUCCUGGGCCGAUGAUCAGCGGCCCCGAGGUUCUCCACCGUGGGGCAGCGACAACACUUCCUACCAACACGGUCAGCUGCGGCCGCUGUACUUGAGGAUCAGCAACACGCCCCCUGACGUCAAACAUGCAGGUGGCGGCCUGUGGCCGCUGGCGGCUUCGGACCCUCCCGGGAGGCUCAACCACUCGUGGCCGCCCCCGCAGCCGCAGCAGCCGCCCCCGCCGCCGCCGCAGCUGUCGCCGCCACCGCAUGCGCCACGCGUGCUGACGCCGUCGCAGCUGCGAGCGCGGCCGCAGCUGCUGCCCAUACACCUCGCACCGUCGCCCACGCAGUCUCCUCCUCCAGGCCCCGUCGCACCGGAAGAUCAGCGCGCGCCUUCCAGGAGCGCCGCACACCGCAUGCCACCUCUCACCAGGUCGCCGGCCUUCCGCGGGGACUCUGGCUCGCAGGAGCAAGGAGCGCUGUCCCGGCCCACGAGGAGGCGACACCGUUCUCCUGCCAUCACGUCCGUUCCACCUGUUGCCAGUAAAGAGGACUCACGCAGCACAACAGUCGAGGAGUUCGCCAUACCGCAGAAACCGGUGCUGGCUAGAGCUGGCAACGUCCGCCAAGACACAUCCAUACUGCUCACUGCGCCGCCGGCCUCGGUGAUGACGCCGCCGGCCGAGCUGUCGUUCCUGCCGGCGGUGGAGCCGCCGCUGAGCGCCGCAGUCAGCCCGCGGCCGCCGUCCGCCGCCACGCAGCUGGAGCUGGAGCUGGACGCGUCGCUGGACUGCCGCAGCCUGGACGAGGCGGAGGCGGCGCAGUCGCAGAUCCUGGAGCCGCCGCACUCCUCGGGCAGCUCGGCCGAGGCGGCGGCUGCCCUGCAGCAGUCGCACCGCUCCACCAGGCUGCGCGCCCUCAGUGGCAAGCAGCAGACCGCCUCGCCGCAGCCGCAACUGGAGCCUACGGCGGGGGUGGCGGCGACGCCCACUCCGGCCCCUGCACCGUCGGCCACGCCCACUCCAGCCCCCGCGGCCACUCCCACGCCUGCAGCUACAACAGCCGGCACGCCCACGCCGACGCAGACGCCCACGCCCCCGCAGGCGCUGCCGCAGCAGACGCGCGCGCCGUCCCCGCCCCGAGAAGAGCCCACCCGCCAGGAGGAGCACGGGCAGCCGCCCUCUCCGCCCCCAGAGGAGCCGGAGGCGGAGUCCGCGGCAGAGCCCGCACCGCCCCCGGCUCCGGCGCCCACGCCCGCCCCCGCAGCCGGCCCCGGGCUGCCAUCCCACGCGCCCUCCGUCACCCGGCCGCCGGUCAUCGACCUCCGCCUGGACGUGGAAGGUCCUCCGGCACCCCCCGGCGGCAGCAGGAGGCCGCAGCCGGCGGGCAGGCGGGCAGGGGCGCUGCUCGUCAAGCCUGCCGCUGCUCAGGGCAGGGGACCUCUGACGUCACGCUCCAGUGUGAUAAAGGGCGCCGGCCGCUCUUCGUCGCAGCUGCAGCUGCAGGCCCAGUCCCAGCAGCUGCAGCUGUUCCCGCCGGCGCUGCCACCUGUCGACACGCCGAGGGAGUCUCUCUCCAACUGCUUGCAUAACCUCGACAGCCACGAGUGGGAGCAGGUGCUGUCGGCCAUGCCGGUGCUGGUGCGACUGGUGCGCCACCACCCCGACUCGGUGCUGUUGCAGGCGCCCGCCGUCGCGGCAGCACUGUCGCGCCACGUGCGCAACCUGCGCUCACAGGUGGCGCGAGCUGCCUGCCAGGCGGCGGGCGAGUUCUUCGUGGGGCUGCGGCGCACGCCGGACCUGGAUGUGGAGGAACUGGUAGGCUCGCUGUUUCACCGGUCCGCAGACACAAACAGGUUCCUGCGAGCUGACUGCAACGCCGCCCUCGACAAGAUGGCGGAUGUAUUGCCUCCAGCACGUGCCGUCCAACUCAUUGUCUCCAAAGGUGCCAGCCACCAGAACGCCGUGGUUCGCACGGUGGCCGCGCGGCUGCUGGCGGCGCUGACGGCGCGCCUGGGCGCAGACCGUGUGCUGUCGGCGCCCCGCGACCUCCGCAGCCGGCUGCUGGUCACCGGCUCCUCGCUGCUGACCGAGGGCAGUCUGGACACCAGAUGUCACGCGAAAUCAAUGUUCAGGCACCUUGUAUCCCACCCAAAUUUCGCAACUGUUCUCUCAGAAGUAGUACCACAACAGGUACUACGAAACAUCUCGAAAACUCUCCAGAGUCUGAAAUAAUGUGGAUGACUGAAGAUGCUGACAGAUUUAGGUUUUUAACAGUUCUGUGUCUGUGAAGUAAUGUAAAUAAUUUCUGAUGGGGCUAGAAUGGAAUAAUGUAUCUAAUGUUUCUAAUAGAGAUAAUAUAAACAUCCUUUCCAUGAUACUUUUCUACAUAAAUUCCUUUGUUAACACAGUAGUGCCAUUUUGUCAUAUCUUGCUAUGCCAGUUGCAGUAUAUGCACAUAUAAGGUACAAAACCUAUCUAUAACAUAACAUUUUGAAACAGAUGUUUAGUUUAACACUUAAAGAAUGUGAUGCUUCAUUAUCUCAUAAUAUUAAUGUGAAACUUCAUUUUCUAAUUAUAUCCUGUCCUACAGAAUUUUUCAGCUUAGUUUAAGAAAGCUCUAAAUGUACAUAUAAUUCCGUCCAUAAAUGUGAUACUGUCGUUAAGUACAUUAAUAUAUUGAAGAAUAGCAUAUAUUGUAUAAGAUACAUAUCAAAUGAUCAUUCACUAUCGAUAAAGAACUGUACAAGCAUCCUAUAAGGGACAAGGAAAUCCAAAUACAGCAUACAGUCAUACAGGCAUUAUUUUACCAACAGAAAAAUGAGGAAUUUUUAGAUCCAGGGUAAAGUGUAAUUAACUAUGAGACCUUUAUCAAAUACAUUUAUUAAAAGUUAAAUUGGCUUAUGUAAGUCAAAGAAUCUUUUAUGUGACAAUUUAUUUGCAUUUAAAUACGCCUAGAGAAUUUUAUGUAUCAAGAAAGCUAUUUUUAAUGUUAUUUGUGUAUGUCAAAAUAUGUUACAAUGUAUUUUCUAUGAUAAGCUUUUAUGUAUUUUGUACAAAGAAAUGUCAAAAUAUUCAUUAUAUUACCACAUAAAAGCAAAGUUAAUUCCUCACUGUAAAGAGAUGUUGUAGGAUAUUUAUCUUAUAUUGCUGUUGACUUAUUUGAAUUGUUUCUAUGAUGUUCCUGUUGAUAAAAAUUGUUUACAGUUGUUAUAUGAUGUUACAUAAAUUCUGACAUGAGUUAGAAAUUUUAGGCACUGUAUCCUUUGAGUUCUUGCUGAUAAAAUGUCCAUAAUUAACUUAUUGACCAAAUUGAAAAUGAAAUAAAUACUACUACUACUUA